UUAACGGCGUAGCACCACAGCUCUCGUGGAGUGUGUUCUCGCGGACGGCGCGUGUGUGUAUUAAACUUCGUGCAUCGCAAGAGAGAAAAAGCACCCCACCGCGGAAGCCAUAUCAAGCAGCUCCUCGUAGCAUCUUUUGCACUCCGCGACGCACACAUCAGUCCAUUGGUUUUUUUUUUCUCCUUUUUUCCCCUUACCCUUUUUCCUCCACCUGUGUGUGUGUAUACGAUAUAUACAUACACACUCGCCUAUCCUCCUCUGAGCACAACUCUCGUUGUUAUUGUUGUUUUUCACGUCGUUGAGUGUGCAGUGCCGCUUCAGAUGAGAAGACAUCAUCUAUUCACGCAGAUAAAAAACACCGGCGUCGCCCGAGCGUGAAUCGAGCGAAAUCAGCAUCGGCAGCAUUGUCCCUCCACUGGGCCAACAAUCACGACCAGCACCAGCAUCAUCAGCAUCCCCGAAGGCACCACCAUCCACGCCACCACUCACCAAGCAAAAUAACUCGGCCGGCGCGGACCUCGCCUCCCCCGUCCUCCUCCUCGCCGCCUUCCUUAGCGCCCAAGCAGCCGGCGAGAACUGCCGACUUGGCAAUCCAGCUACCGAGCGCCACGGCCAGCACUAUUACCACCCAGACGGAAGCCAGAGAGGAGCAGAAGGACGAAGGAGCCAUGGACGUCAUGGACAACAACAAGCCCGUCCUCAAUGACGACCCCUCCGUCACCCUCACCAUACGGCUCAUCAUGCAGGGCAAGGAGGUCGGCAGUAUCAUCGGCAAGAAGGGAGAGAUCGUCAAGAGGUUCCGCGAAGAGUCGGGCGCCAAGAUCAACAUCUCCGACGGCUCGUGCCCGGAGCGCAUAGUGACCGUGACCGGGCCGACGAACUCGAUCUUCAAGGCGUUCACGCUGAUUUGCAAAAAGUUCGAGGAGUGGUGCUCGCAGUUCCACGAGAUUCAGACGGGUGCCGGGGGUAACGUGCCCAGGCCACCGAUAACCCUGAGGCUGAUCGUGCCCGCGUCCCAGUGUGGCAGCCUGAUCGGCAAGGGUGGCUCCAAAAUCAAGGAAAUACGCGAGGUCACCGGCGCCUCGAUUCAGGUUGCCUCGGAAAUGCUGCCCAACUCGACCGAGCGCGCGGUCACCAUUUCCGGGACCAGCGAGGCCAUCACUCAGUGCAUUUAUCACAUAUGCUGUGUCAUGCUAGAGUCCCCUCCCAAAGGUGCCACGAUCCCUUAUCGCCCUAAACCCCAAGUUGGUGGGCCAGUGAUCCUGGCUGGUGGGCAAGCCUUCACCAUCCAGGGUAAUUACGCGGUGCCCGCCCACUCGGACGUAAGUACAGUAAUGCCUAUGUCCGCCGCCCCCGCUGUCGGGACAGCCCCCCACCCGCCCUCGCUCAACGGCCAAACUCUACAUACCUCAGCAUUGGCAGCAUUAGCGGGUAGCCAGUUGCGCACCAACAACACGAACCGACAGCAGCCGGCCGCCAACAAUCAGACGCACGAGAUGACGGUGCCGAACGAGUUGAUCGGCUGCAUCAUCGGCAAGGGCGGCACCAAGAUCGCCGAAAUACGCCAGAUAUCCGGGGCCAUGAUACGAAUCAGUAAUUGCGAGGAACGCGAAGGCGGGCCCACCGAUCGCACCAUCACCAUUACCGGCAACCCGGACUCUGUCGCCCUCGCCCAGUAUCUCAUCAACAUGAGGAUAUCGCUCGAGACCGGCGGCUUGGCUGUACCGGCGUUCCAAUACAUCACGCCAAACCACAUCGUCAAGUCGCCCAUCCACUAGGGGAGUAGUUCGCCGAACCUCCAGCAGAACCGCGGCGAUGCCGACUCAGUCGUCGUCGUCGUCGUUACCUUUGAUCGCGCCGUUUGUAGAGCUCCGUUGCCGAAUGACGACGCGCGGGCGACGUCCACUGGGCUUGGUAACGAGGCACGCAGAUUUGUCAUUGCAAUUACGAUGGGGGAGAAGGGACGCUCGUGUGUCGUCGGAACGGCGCUGAGAGGCUUGAGGGGAGAGGAGUGGCAGGUAACCGGGCCUGGGCCACGGUGUUAUGUGUUCAACCGGAGAUUCGCUCGAGGUGGAGGGCAAUGAUUUUCUUUAUCCCAGGCAGGAAAAAAAAAAAAAAAAGUGUGAGAUUAUUGAAAGGGAAAAAAAAGUACGUUAGGGGGAGGGUAUGAAACUUGUAGUAUAUAGUUGUUCCAAUGCGACGUUAUACUCAGACACACGACACGUAAACACACAUCACAAAAAGGAGUCGAAUAUGUAGUUGGGAAAUUGAAGGUGUUCGCGACGUUCUGUGUCGUUGGAAAAAAAAAAAAAAACCACUGUGUAGUAGGCGUAUUAUAUUAGGCCAAUGUGGGUUAUCUGUAAAAAAAAUAAUAAUAAUAAUAAUAAAA